AUGGAGUCAGUGAGUAGUUGUAUACUGCUAUUCCUGUUGAUUUGCAUAAUUUCACUGCUUGUAAGAGGCAGAUCAAAACCAAACCCAAAACAUCCACCAGGUCCUUCCCCUCUUCCCAUCAUUGGAAACCUCAUUGAACUAGGGAAAAAGCCACACCAAUCUUUGGCCAAGCUAGCUAUGAUGCAUGGCCCUGUAAUGAAGUUAAAGCUAGGCCAAAUAACCACAGUAGUAAUCUCUUCAGCAGAAAUGGCCAAAGAGGUGCUUCAAACCCAUGACCAAUUCUUCUCAAAUCGAUCCGUUCCCCACUCAGUAACAAUUUGCAACCACGAACCCUAUGGCCUGGCCUUCAUGCCCGUGUCACCUCUUUGGCGAGAGUUAAGGAAAAUAUGCAGCACUGAAUUGUUGUCACAAAAGACUCUUGAUGGCAGCAAAGACCUCAGGCGUAAGAUAGUUCAACAACUCAUCAAUGAAAUCCAACAAAGCAGCCAAAUCGGUGAAGCAGUAGAAAUUGGCAAGUCAGUUUUCAAGACUACCAUAAAUUUAUUGUCCAACACUAUAUUCUCACAGGACAUGGUUCACUCUACAAGUAACGCAUUCGAUUUCAAGGAUUUAGUGACCAAUAUCACAAAACUUGUUGGAACACCAAACUUGUCAGAUUACUUUCCUGUGUUGAAGAUGUUUGACCCACAGAGAAUAUUCAAGCACCAGUCAACCAACACCAACAAGGUGUUAACCAUCUUCAAUCGUUUGGUUAACCAAAGGAUUAUGCAGAGGUCCAGCACCGGUUUUGAUGCCAGUAACGACAUGUUAGCCGCUCUGCUCAACAUUUGUCAAGAGAACAAGUUGAUGAACAAUACAGUCAUUGAACAUUUGUUUUUCGAUUUGUUUAUUGCGGGAACAGAUACAACAACGUCAACAUUAGAAUGGGCAAUGACUGAGUUACUCCAUAACCCAAAUGUCAUGUUAAAAGCAAAACAAGAGCUUGACCAAACUAUUGGCAAAGGCAAACUCAUUGAAGAGUCAGACAUAGCUAGACUCCCAUAUUUACAAGCAAUAAUUAAAGAAACCUUCCGCUUGCAUCCGCCGGUACCAUUUUUACUUCCACGAAAAGCUGCGAGAGAUGUCAACAUCAAUGGUUACACCGUCCCAAAAGAUGCUCAAGUGCUAAUCAAUGUGUGGAAAAUUGGUAGGGAUCCAAAGACAUGGGAUAGUCCAAAUAUAUUUUUACCGGAAAGGUUUUUAGAGUCUAAGAUUGAUGUCAAAGGCCAACAUUUCGAGCUUACACCUUUUGGUGGUGGUCGGAGAAUAUGUCCUGGCACACUGUUGGCUACGAGGAUGUUGCUCUUGAUGUUAGGCUCAUUAAUCAACUCUUUUGAUUGGAAGCUUGAAGAUGGUUUGGAAUCAGAGAAUAUGGACAUGGAUGAAAUAUUUGGUAUUACCUUACAAAAGGCUAUACCAUUGCGGGUUGUUCCCAUCAAAAUAUGA